AUGUCGCUUAAGAACAUAUCGCAGUUUCCCGAUGGAAACUCGUACGCCCACUACCACCCGCAGCUAGACCGCUUAGUCGUCACCAACAGCAACGGAGUCCUCAAGAUCAUCAACGUCAACGACCCCGAGUCGUUGCCCGUAUCGAUCGACUGUCUAUCCAACGUGACCUCGGUGUCGAUCCAUGGGGACAAGUUGGCCCUCACUACUACCGAGGGUAAAUUGGAAAUCGUCGAUUUGGCCACGCACGAGUCUCUCGGGGAAAAGUACCGGACAGCGCUCUCGUUGCGCGAUUUGGCAUACAUCAAUCUGGGGAACCGGAUCCUUUGCGGCGGCGACGAUAGCAAAUUGGUGGUAAUUGACUUGCAAGGAGACGAAGCCGCUACCAAGACGAUUGCGUUGCAGGACCAAUUGUUGGAUAUUGCCUACGACCACGCGGGAGAAUUGUCGAGUGUCAGUUUAUCGAAUGGAUCGGUGGAGAUUUACUCUGUUUUCAACGAGGAGUUGAAUUUGAACCACACGUUGCAAAAUGUCAUCACUAGGAAAAUCCAUACUUCAAUGGAUGAAGUCGACUACGCGCAAGAGCAUCGGGACGAGUUGUACACGACGAAAACUGAAUGGACCAAAGAUGGCAGAUAUUUGUUGGUGCCAGGUGCCGAUAAUGCAGUUCAUGUUUACAAUCGCGAAAAUUGGAACAAGGUGCGCAGUUUCCCAAGCGACGGCAGGAUUGUCGAUUUCAAAUUGCACGGCAAUAACUUGGCCAUCUUGACGUUGAACGUUUACAAGGUUUACAAUUUUGAAACGGGGAAAACUGUUCAUGAAGAUGACUUUGAGUUUAGAUACGAAGGGUUGCCGUUGAACAUCGAGUGGCAUGACAAGACGGGCUUGUUCAUUGGAAGUACCCAUGGCGAUGUGCUCAUGUUGAAGAAUGUAAUCUCGGUAGGAGGAGAAGAAGGAGGAGGAGGAGGAGGAGGAGGAAAAAGCAAAGCCAGAGCGGCUGCAAGCUUGUUUGUUGAUGAAUUCGAUGAAGAUGAAGAAGAAGAAGGAGAAGGAGCAGAUAAAGUCGAGGGAGACGAAGAAGGGGAAGACCUUACUGGGGAUAAUCAACGCGAGAUGGAUGACUUGUUUGAAAGAGCUGGUCCUCGUGAAAAUGGCAAGGGCAAACGAUUAUAUGAGUAUUUAUCCGAGGAAGAACUUGAUCUCGACGAUUUCGAUAACUCGAUAUUGGACGACGUGGGUGGUCAUGCUCAAGGCAAAAAUGGACAUUCCAACGGACUACACAAGAAACACAAGGCCAGUAACGAAGCAAGGACCUAUUCAAAGAAUACAGGCGUCACACUGACAAGGAUUCAUCCUUACUCGCCAGGCUCAACCUCGUUUGCCAACAGAGGCGACGCCGUUGAUAGGAGAUACUUGACGAUGAACAACAUUGGGUACGCCUGGAUUGUGAUUAACAGAGAGCCAGGUGCAUGCAACAGCAUCACGGUGUCGUUCUUUGACCGGUCCUCAAACAGCGAGUACCAUUUCACCGCACACGAGAAAUUCGACCUUGCGUCUAUGAAUAACCGAUGUAUAUUGCUCGGUGACAGCACCAAAGGUCUAAUCCACUACAAGUCCCACAAUAAUGCCGGCUCAAGCGAGGCAUGGGAGCGGCAAGUGCCCUUGGUUACCGACGAGUACAUCACCAGUAUAUGCAUCACCAACUUGCCAAGCUUCAACACCAUUGUAGUGGGGACAAACAUUGGCUAUCUCCGCUUCUUCAACCAGUACGGCGUCUGCUUAAACAUCAUCAAAACGCAGCCCGUUGUGGCGCUAGCUCCUGCAUCUACAACGUCAAACAUAUUUAUGAUCAACCAAGUUGCCGCGAACGUCUACUCGUAUUCGAUCAUCGACAUCAACCAGGAUAACAAGUUUAUCCAGCAGAAUUGUCUGAUACCGCUCAAGGAGCGCGCAAAUCGACAGUUGAUCAAGGGGAUCUUCUUCAGCGAGCACAACGACCCAUGUGUAGUUGGCGGAUACGAUGACACCGUGUUUAUCUUGCUGUCGUGGAGAGAAGCGGGCAACGCGAGAUGGGUGCCGCUACUCAACUGCCACAAUUCCAUCACCGAGUACGGAUCAAAUGAGAAUAAAAAAAACUGGUCGUGUUGGCCAUUGGGGUUAGUCAAUGACUCGCUCAAUUGCUUGUUGUUGAAAAACGGCCAGUACCCUGGUUUCCCCUUGCCGUUGCCGAUUGAAAUUGAGAUGGAAAUACCCACGAAAGUGAAACAUGAAGAAGAUGGCGCCGAGGAGGAGUUCGUGAGGUCGGUUACGAUGGGCAAAUUGUUGAGCGACUCAUUGACCCAUCGCGAGGAAGAAAAAGAUGAUGAUGAUGGAGAUGGUGACGCAGAUGAAGAUGAAGAGGCAAUGAUGGAAAGACUCAAUCAGUACAGCAUGAGUUUCGACAAGUCACUUUUGAAAAUGUUUGGUGAAUCAUGCAAAGAGCUGAAGUUGAACAAGGCGUUUGCCAUUGCUAAAUUGAUCAAGACGGACAAGGCAUUGAUAGCAGCUGCCAAGAUUAGUGAACGGAUGGAGUACAUGUCGUUGGCUUCAAAGAUUGGACAACUUCGAGAGCAACUCCAAAUUGAAAUCGAUAGUGAUUGA